AUGGACCGCGAUACUGCUAUCGAAUGGGCCUCUCGUCUUGCAAAUCGACAGUUAACAAAGGACAACAUCGGAUUGCCCUACGGCAGCAGAUCCUCAUGUGUGGGUGAAGUGUUGGACGCGGAGUUCAUGAUCGUCACGCGGAGCGCCGUGUUCAGGAAAGGCUACAAGGGUAUGGACCCAGCAAAGAUACCGCAGUUUAAGGAGGGUCUAGACCAUUUGGAAUUUGCCACGCGUCUCUUCUCUGUAUUAUACGAUAUCUCUCGAAAGGAAUACGUAUUCUCUGCCCUAGAGGAUAUCUUGAAAACGCCUCGCGCCCAAUACCUGAUGCUUUACGCCCGGUUGAUAUAUAGCGAGCUGCAGGCCUGCCUAGUCAUGAGCCUAAGGAAAGGUCGCGGUAGCUGCACAUUCAACGCGACUCUUGUCCUUCUUUCUGAAGUCUGCGUAGAGUCUAAAUAGGGAUGAGAACAAGGUUUUGAUAUUG